AUGAAAUUCUUACUGUUAUCAACCUUUCUGCUAAGUCUGGUGCUACCGGCACUAUGCCAGAGCUUGCAUUGGGUUUCACCAAACCUAAAGUCUCUGGCGGAUGCUCAGCAGCAAUGUGCCUCGUAUCUUCGCCUGUCAAAUGAAACCGUUGAACGUUACGUCAAGAACGGUUACCCGGAUGAGCCAAGCGUUCGAAAGCUGGUCCAUUGCUUGCUAAUCAAUCUGAACGUCUGGGACAACAAUAAUGGCAUCAAAGAAUACGUAAUCAGAAACUAUCUCCAACCUUCGCCUUCGGACUGCUGUUACGUCAAUCGAACCCAAGCGUGUAUCCAGAAGGAGUUAUGCCAGGUUCCACAAACAGACAACGUUGCGCGGGCUUAUUGGUCCUUCGUGUGCUACUAUCAACAUUUCGGCAACCUAAUCAACGAGAAACAAUUCGUUCCGUAUACGGAACUAGAGAGACAGCAACACGUUAUCGAAGCUUUUUCGAUUGAGAACAUCCCGCGGCAGGUAUUGGAAAAUUUCAGUAGAGGCAGCAUUAUAUGCGCUAGCCAACUUCCCGAGCUGCUCUACACACUUUUUGUGCGCGUUGGUUUUUAUGAUCCUGAAAUGGGAUUCAAUCUGGAUCGAUUGUACACUCAGUUUGGAAAUAGUGAUCUGCUUAGCAAUAACACUCGUGCUUGUGAAGCCAACGUUCGGCAAAGAUACUGUUAUGAACCAAACCGUCUUUCGGAAACAUUCCAACAAUGUCUGAUGAAUAGUAUUUCAACGCUCCAAUUGAUUCAGGACGUUGCUAAGCAAGCACUUGAACAGCCAUCAUCACCAUGCAGUACCUGCGGAUCUCCUGCACCUUGCAAUCGUUGUUCUCCGACAACUCGGCCACCCCCAGCGCCAGUAUCUGCAUGUAGCAGUUGUGGAGCUCCGGCGCCUUGUAAUCGAUGCCCAACGACUCCAGCUCCAACUACUACUCCCGCACCUGCGCCCCCAUGCAUCACUUGUGGAGCACCAGCACCGUGCAACCGUUGUCCAGCACCCCCUCCAGUACCAGUUGCCCCAGCGUGCCCCAGCUGUGGAUCUCCGUCACCCUGCAACACUUGCGGAAGGAGUAAUGACAUCCCCCGCUUACCAGCCAUUCCCUGCUACAAUGGGCAGUGUUUUUGA